CGUAGAGCCGAGGUGCGCGUAAACGGUGCGCGUCCAAUGUCUUGUGAAUGACGGGCACACUUUCAACUUCUGUGACAUUGUAGCGCCGCUGUGUGCGCGUCAGUACUUCAUACUUUGCCUGUGGACGCGCGGCAGGUGAGAACGUGCCGUCUGACGCGGUGUUGACGCGCAGCGCCUCGCGACUGCGCACGAUCCGGUUUUAUCAGCGGUCUCGGAGCCGAGCGGCGUCUUUAGUGGCGUGUUCGUAGGUUCGCAGCGGCUGCGACUGCGAGUGAAACUUGCGGGAGUCGUUCCUGGGACAUCUGAUCUGCGUCGCCCGAUCCCGCGAAGACGCCUUUUAUUCCGACCACGUGGACUCCGCUUUGAAGGUGACAAACCUGAAAGUUUCACGGGCCACUUUUCGUGCGCAUGAUGUACACAAUUACAAGAGGUCCCAGCAAGCUGGUCACGCAGCGACGCACAGGGCCGACGCAACAGCUGGAGAACAAAAUUAACGAUUUCAAGCACAAGCAGACGUCCUGGAGUUUGCCCGACCUUCCUGCACCUAAGAUAGUCUUCAGCCGUCCAAACGGCAGAAAGCACCACCAGCCCGCUGUGUUUCCGCCCGCAGACAAGCAGCUGGAGGAGACUUUCAACCCAUCACAUGAGGAAAAUGUCAAGUUUGUCUACGAGGCUUGGCAGGAGGUGGUGCAGCAGGAGCACAGGCCGGAGGAGGCCCAGCGGCCCGUUCACUACAAGGAGACCAGUCCGGGUCCACACAUGGGCAACUUUGCAGCCAUCGACCUGGAUGAGUGGUGGGCCCAGCGAUUUCUAGCCAACAUCGACAAGCUCUCCUGACCCUCGAUGCGAUUUGCAGAGAUCUGACACUCAGGAGGCGAGACCUACAACAGGACGGCGCACCGACGAGCGCAAACCCAGGAACCAGAAAAGCAGGCACCAUGGGUCCAAGUGCCAAAUGUGGCUCAAAUGUACUGACAGUGCUGGGACACUGACAUAGUAACGCUAAAUGUGAGUGAUUGGUGGCACACUGGGGAAUGUGUUUUCCAUCUUGCUGCCUGCAAACAGGAUGUUAUGUUGCUUGAAAUGUAGUAAAAGAAAAAUCAUA